GAGCAACUGAAGAAGCCCACGAUGACCUACAUCUACAUUAUUGAUGAAAUACUCAUGAACAUUGAGGGAGGACAAGCCGAUCUGCAGACUAUUUACGACAAGAUACAGAAGCGGUGGCCUUUUUUCAAGUACAAGGUCAAUUCUGUUGGUUGGCAGAGCAGUGUUCGACAUAACCUGCUGCAAUCCGACCGCUUCGUGGAAGCCGGAAAAAGUGGCAAGGGCAAGUACUGGACGAUAGAC